AAACCAUUAAAACAAUAAAAUUUGCAAUGGGCUUAAUUGGGCCUGCCUUCUUAUAUAAUAUUGCAUUGUUCCACGGGCGGUCAUUUGUGGCGCCAAAGCACUCAAAAGGGGGAAAAAAAAAGAAGGUCAAGAUCCAGAAAUGUUGGGGAGAGUAAGAGCAGCUUCUUCGACACUGGACUGCCUGGAAUUGGAGAAGCCGCCGUCUAAGCUUAUCAAAGACGAUUCUUUCUCUAUCUAUGAGGCUACACUAAUGAAGCUUAAACUGGGUUCUCAGCGCGAUCUGGGUUCGCCUCCAGAUAGAUACUUGGAGAGUGAAAAUGGUUGUAGUUGUACCAGUCUUGAAAAAUUUUGCACGGAUGCUACAAGCUCAGAUUUUUCAGAGGAAAAUUCUACUACUCGCGAAGUGUUGAACAAUUCCCAGAUUGUUUCCCAGGGUCACCACAAUGAGAUGGUGAUAGAUACUGAUUGUUCUUCUUUGAGUGAUUGUCAAUCUACUGGUGGUUUGCAACAGCAUCAGAGCAGGAAUUUGUCCAUUCUUUACCUCUUUUCCAAGUUCAGGAAUUCUGGGCAGGCCAAAAGCUUAUCUCAACAGGAGAAUAUGAUGAUAGUGAAUGAUUGUUCUACUUCUAGUGUAAGUACUUCAACAAUUUCUAGUUAGUAUAAAUCAUUGAGCACCACCAAAGAGCAAUCGGAACAGGAUUGUAUCGGUUAUUUUCCUGUUAGUCCAUGAAAAUUGCAUCAGGCUCCUGAUUUGGAGACGUGUGAACAUUACAGCGGUUUGAAUUUAUUCUCCAUUUUGUUGUA